CAACGAACAAGUAACCAAGCAAGUGCCAGUGUGUGCACGAUGUCGGUGUUGCAGCUUCUGCUCUAUGUUGUGUUCCUAACGGCCUUGUUGGCCUGGUCGGCGGCUGGCCACGUGGCUGUGCGCGCCGACCUCACGCACGUCGACAGCGCCCGCGGCUUCACCAAGCGCGAGCUGCUCCGCCGUAUGGCCGCUCGGACGCAGGCCCGCGUAGACAAGCGGUGGUCACCGCCGCGGCCUCGGCCGGGCGGCGGUGGCAACGACACCGCCGGGGUGAUGGCAUCGGUGUCCCGCGACGGGGAUCCGGAUAAUGUUUAUUCCGAGUAUCUCAUCCAUUUGAGCAUCGGUACGCCGCGGCCGCAACGCGUGGCGCUGACGCUGGACACCGGCAGUGACCUCAUCUGGACGCAGUGUGGUUGCAGGUCUUGCUUCCACCAGCCGUUCCCUGCCCUCGACGCUUCCGCCUCCACCACCCUCCGCGAUUACUCCUGCUUCGACCGUCUCUGCGCCUGGGGCGGGCUCGCGCUCUCCGGCUGCACCGUCAACGACAACCUCUGCUUCUACGUCCACUCCAAUGGCGACAACUCCGGCUUCACGUCCGGCAAGAUAUCCGAGGACACCUUCACCUUCCAGGCGCCCAACGGGAAGGGCGCCGUCGCCGUCCGGCCCAGCCUCCGCUUCGGCUGCGGCAUGUACAACACCGGCAACUUCAAAUCCAACGAGUCCGGCGUCGCAGGCUUUGGCCGCGGGCCCAUGUCCCUGCCGUCGCAGCUCAAGGUCCUCAACUUCUCCUACUGCUUCACCAGCAUUGUAGAGUCCGGGAACAGCAGCCCCGUCUUCCUGGGCUCCUAUGGAAAUCUUGACGCGCAAGCCACGGGCCCCCUCCAAUCCACCCGCUUCGCCCGAGGCCCCUCCCAGGGUCCCAAUAGCUCCCUCUACUACCUUUCGCUCAAAGGCGUCACCGUCGGCAACAGGCGCCUGCCGUUCGACGCAUCCACGUUCGUGCUCAGGGCCGAUGGCUCCGGCGGGACGAUCAUCGACUCCGGCACAGCCAUCACCACCUUCCCCCGGGCCGUGUUCCGGACACUCCGGGAGGAGUUCAUAUCGCAGGUGUCGCUACCCGUGGCCAACGAGUCCACCGGCGACGCCGAUAGCAUGCUGUGCUUCUCCAUCUCACCGGAUCAGAAGAAUGUCCCCGCGCUACCGAAGCUGAUCCUCCACCUGGAGGGCGCAGACUGGGAGCUUCCACGGGAGAGCUACGUGCUGAGAGUCGACGGCGACAACAAUGACGACGACGACGGGUUAUGCGUGGUGAUAAAUUCGGCCGGCGACAGCGGCAUGACGACCGUCAUAGGCAACUUCCAGCAGCAGAACAUGCACAUCGCCUACGACCUGGGGAGCAACAAGCUGUUCUUCGUGCCCGCGCGCUGCGACAAGCUCUGACGACUCAACGGCACGUACAAAGGAACAUAUAUACGUACAUGUGUGUUCUCUAGUGCUAAAUAAAGAACGGGAGAAGCUACCUAGUAUCUCGUCUCCUGGCAAGUGUUGAUGUUCUCGCGCUACCAAAUUAAGCAGUUUCAUUAUAAGUACAUUUUGUUGUUGGUCCGAGAUAUGUUAAUUAACUAUCUGUUGACGCCCUGAAA